AAAUGGUCAGUAGAUGACACGUGCCACUGGCUUCAAACUUUAAACCUCAUUGAUGCAAAAGAACGUUUCAGAGGUAACGUUACAGAUGAAAAUUUAUAAAUGUUCAUUUUGUGAUGUUGUGAAGUUUCAACUCACAAAGUUUCUAACUCACCUGCAAGUGCAACAUAACCACCAAGCAGAUUUUAGUGUUACCUGUGACAUUGAGGGAUGUUUUAGAAGAUAUAAAACUGUUGCAAGUUACAGAAACCAUAUCUAUCGAAAGCACAGACAAGCUUUGCAACAUCCCCCAUUUGAAAAAGCUACUGUAUUUGAAGACAACAAUGAAAGUGAGGAGGAGGUUCCUGAAGAUGAUCUGCUAGAGAACAACCAAAAUUCUUUGCUUGGAAUUGAUUUAGAAACUGUGUUAUUGGGACUGAGACAGCAUGUAGACCUCUUUAUAUUAAAUCUUCAAGAAAAACAUUUACUUCCAAAAGCAACUCAGGAUACCAUUGUUUCCAGCUUGGAGUUCAUCUUGAAAUUUUUCCAACAAAAUUAUUUUGAAAUCAUAAAAUUCCACUUGACAAAAUCUGGAUUUAGACUAGAGGACCAGGAAGACUUGGAUAACUUACUAAAUAAUCGGACACUUAUUGAAAGUGUGUUUGCCUAUAUUCAGUCAGAUUAUCAACUUUUCAAAUAUUGCAAAGAACAUCUACAUUUAGUGGAGCCAGUCAAGCACAUUCUUGGAACCAAUAGCCAGGGGAAGGAGGACACAUUUCAGUAUGUGCCUAUCAUUGAUGUUCUGAAGACUCAGUUGGAGAAACAUGACAUAUUUGAAUCAUAUCGAAGAACCUGUGAACAAGCCCCAAGUACAGAUUUUUUAAGCAGUUAUACAGAUGGAGAAUUAUUCCAUGAGAGCCCCUUUUUUGGAGAUCCUAAUAUUGUAAGAUUACAUCUGUACACUGAUGAAUAUGAAGUGGUAAACCCCUUGGGGUCUAAAAGAUCAGUUCACAAAUUAGCAGCUUUCUAUUUUAUGAUUGGCAAUCUUGAAUCUAACUGCAAAUCACAAUUGAGGCAUAUACAUUUGUGCUUUCUUGUAAGAAAUCAAUUUCUAAAGAAGUACUCAUACAGAGACAUCUUGCUGCCCCUGAUUAAUGACCUGAAACUGUUGUACACUGAAGGACUCCAGGUCAGUGUAAAUGGUCAGAACAUCAUUUUGAAAUGUGCCCUUGCCACUAUUUCAGCUGACAACUUGUCUGCUCACAGCCUGGCAGGUUUCACCUGCUUCUUUAGCAGUGGACGGAUCUGUCGCUUUUGUAUGAUCAGCUACAAAGACCUAAGGUCUCACGUUAACAAAGAUGAUGUAAUAAUUCGAUCUUCUCAGGUACAUCAGUACCAUCUGCAAGCACUCAGGGAAAGUACUGGAAUAUCCAAACAGACAUAUGGUGUGGUCAGUGAGUGCCCUUUCGCUGAGCUGGACUACUUUGAUGUGACAAAAAACUUUCCCCCUGACUUAAUGCACGAUUUUCUCGAGGGUGUGGUGCCUCUUGUGAUUACCAGAGUUAUCCAGGCAUUACAUUUUUUGCACAUUGUCUCAUUAAGUCAGAUAAAUGCUGAAUUGGAUGCAUUUAAGAUGGGGAGGAAUGAACGGGCUAACCUCCCUCAGAAACUUCCAGAUUCUGUCCUAAAGAAAAACACACUAUCAGGGUCUGCAGCUCAGGUCUGGUGCCUCUUCAGGAUUUUGCCAUUUCUCAUUGGACAUUACAUUCCAGAAGGUGAGGUGCACUGGGACAUUUACCUGAAGCGUAGGGAUAUAGGAGAUGUGAUUUUGUCCCCCACCAUACAAAGGAAAAUCAUCCCUUUUCUAAGCCUUCAGAUAGGUGAAUUCCUGUCCUCCUUCCAGUCUGUAUUCCCUGAGACUUUCACUCCGAAACUACACUUUCUCAUUCAUUAUCCACAACUGAUAUUAAAGUUUGGGCCACUGAAACAGCUGUGGUGCAUGAGAUUCGAGGGAAAGCACCAAUACUUCAAGCGAUUAGCCCACAACACGUGUAACUUCAAGAAUCUCAGCUACACCCUUGCCAAGAGGCACCAGUUAAGGCAGUGCUGGGAACUGACUUCGCUGGAUUCCCUGCGUCGGGACAACUACACGGAGGGUGAACGGGUAGUACCUUUUCGAGCAUUACCACUGGAGAUAUAGAAAGGUGUGAUUGGAAGAAGUGAGGCAGAGGAUGUUCAGGGUGACGAGAAGCUUGGUGUGUGUAGCUCUCUUAUGAACAACAACGUGAAAUACUGUAUGGGAGACAACUUAAUUAUAGAUCAUGUGGAGGAGGACAUCCCAAUCUUUAUGAAGAUUGUGAAGAUUUUGCGGUUCAGGGGUGCUUGGAUGAUCUUCGGCAAGCUGCGGAUACCAAUAACAUUUGAAAGACAUUACCAUGCUUUCAAAUUGGAGGACCAGAAGGAGUGGAUUGUGGUGCAGCCAGGGGAGGAGAAAGAAUUUCAUCUUCUUGACACAUAUGUGCAUGAUGAUACUAAGUAUAUUACAUUAUACCACAGAGUGCAGUCUUCUAGAGCAACAAAUUUAUGGAGAGACUCUGCUGGGUCUCACAGAAAGGAUGGUGGAAAGACUUUUUCCUGUAAUGAAACAUCAGGUGACAUUUAUAAAGGCGCUUAAUAAGUUAAAAAA